UUUGCGUCGCCCGCGCCCAGGACGCCUCUUUUUCUAAGCUAUUAAUUAUUCCCUCGAUCUUCGUCUGAUCUUGGGUCGUACCAAUUCGUUUCUUAUCCGAACGCGGGGCGCAACAAAUAAUUCGCGACGAGCGAAAGAACGACGCUAUCUGAUGGGGAAGGGUUGACGAAGACUGAAAUAUACUGUACAUGUGACGAUGGAGGCGGACAAGAUUUCGAUCACCAUAUGCGGGGAUGGUGGAUGCGGUAAAUCCUCCAUCACCCUGCGAUUGGUACGCAGUCAAUGGACACAUGAAUAUGAUCCCACGAUAGAAGAUUCAUAUUCGGUCACGCGGACCGUUGACGGUCUUCCUUACUUCCUUGCCCUCACAGACACUGCCGGGCAAGAAGAAUACCGCGGUCUCUGGGCGGCAACGAACUUGAAAUCAGAUGCUUUCCUCCUCGUAUACGACAUCACAAAUGCGCAGAGCUUGGAGGCAUUGGACUAUUUCAUGGAUAUGAUCGAUAUCGAGGCGGAGCAACGGCUAGAAGACAAUGAACGCUUGAUGAGAGAGCUGGGACCUAGCGACGGAGACAUCGUGGUCGGAAUGGCUCCACCCGUUAAGAUUAUUGCUGGAAACAAAUGCGACUUGAAGGACUCGAGAGUUGUAUCAGCAAGAGACGGUCUAGAGUAUGCGCGGAAGCAUGGCUGCGGUUUUAUGGAAACGAGCGCGCGAGAAAUGGUUAAUAUUGAAGAGACAUUUGCUUUGAUAGUCCGACGUGUCAUCGAAGCGCGCCGGUUACACAAGGAGCAGCAGCAACCACCGAAGCAAAUCCAAAAGGAGCAACCUUCUGAGAAGAUGGGUACUUCGACCUCACGGACGCCAGCCUUGACUGCGAAGGAAAAAGCAACCGGUGACGGUGGGCGCCGACGUAGGUUUCUACGAAGGACUGGCACGCUUACGAAACGAGUCAGCAAGAGAUUCUCCUCUGGCGAAGACGAACGUAAGUCUGGGGGUCAACAGACACGAGAAAGCUGGUGGGAACGCUUAAGGUGUUGGUAACCCUAGCAGAAAGCCUAGAGUUUCCAUCAAUACUUACGAUCAUCUUUCUCUGCUAUCCUCCCUCUGGACACAACUUCGUUUCUCUGUGAAUUAUUACCAGCCUCUUUAUUUGGCUUAUAUGUCCUUUUUUUUUUAUUCCUAUUUGAAGAUCCUUCGCCAUUGCGAAAAGUUCCCCAAAGUCUGGCUACUUGUUUGAUAUCCCCAUGUUCUGCUAUUUCGCGUCUG